AUGCCUUCUGCGGUUCCUGUGAUUGAGCCAUAUACACAUGUUCCUGAAACAAAGGAAAAGCUCGACUGGGCAUCAUUAACGACCAUUGAUCUAUCAAAGUAUGGGACAUCAGAAGGCAAUGCUGAACUAGCUGGGACCCUGAUCCAAGCAAUCAAGACCAAGGGGUUCUUCUAUGUUACCAACUUUGGAAUUUCCCAGGACGAUGUAGAUCAGCAAUUUGCCCUCGGCCAGGCGUUUUACAAUCUACCUCUUGAACAGAGGUUACAGUAUGCCGCCGACCUGGACGCAGGAAAUUACACGGGUUAUCGACCCGCAGGGAGGCGACGAUUGAACGGUGGCCUUCCGGAAAAGACAGAAAUGUGGAAUAUGUCUACCGAAGAUGGUCAGGUCAGGCAACCUCUUCCAUAUCCCCUUGACGGCUACCGGGAUGAGAUCGAACAAUUUUCCAAGAACUUACACGACAAGAUCCUGGACCCUUUAAAUCAUUUGAUUGCUCUAGCCCUAGGAGUGCCUGAAGACACUUUUCAAAACUUCCAUAAAUGGAACCUGAAUGAUGAAUCGCACUUGAGAUAUAUGAGAUAUUCCAAGUUCACGCCCGAGGAGGUUGAUUCUCUGAAGGACAACCUUUGGAUUCACGGACAUACUGAUUUGGGAUCUUGGACCUUGCUCUUCCGUCAGCCUGUUGCGGGUCUUCAAAUCCGCGAUCCCGAGUCGAAUGAAUGGAAAUGGGCAAAGCCACUUAAUGCGAGCUUGACGGUCAAUACUGGCGAUGCCCUCAGUUAUUUGACUGGAGGCUACAUUAAGUCUACCGUUCACAGGGUCAAAGUGCCGCCAAAGGAUCAGCGGGACGUUGAUCGCUUGGGUCUAAUGUACUUCAGCCGCCCCAGGAACGAUCUGCCACUCAAGACAAUUGAUUCACCCAUUCUUCAGCAAGCAGGAGCGAAGAAUGAUUUUGAGUCCGGCGGACACAAGAUACCAACAAUGGAGGAAUUUACCAAGUUGAAGCAAAAAUGGAAUCAGCGUCCUGGAUUCAGUGAGGACCAAGUCGAGGGAAAGGAAAUUCUCCCUGGUGUUGUUCAAAAACGCCUGGUUUAG